UCUUUUUUGUACUAGCUUUUGGAUUCAAGCUCUGUACAAUUUUUGCUUUUAGCUUUUAUUAGAUUAAGUCAAUUCUAGCUGAAAAUUUUUAGUUCAUGGUAGAAUUUCUAUUUAGAGGCUCUAAGAGUAGAUAUUCCUACAAGAAUAUCGCUGAGGUUAUGGACAGGUUUGCUCUAGUAAAAGAACUGAUCAUACCAGUUCUAGGAUUCGUUACUAUUUUUACAUCUUCUAAAGAAGUUUCCAGUGUUCUUAUACUCAUCAGUGCUUAUCAGUUUAUGAUGAAUAUGUCACGGAUUCCCAGAGUUGGGAGUCACGUGUUUAUUACCGGUCGUGUAUUCACAACAAUAUUUGAAUUUUUCUGUUCUUAUAUUGUUGUAAUUCUUGGAUAUGCAGUUAGUUUCCAUAUUCUUCUGCCUGAAGAAGUUGCUUUCAGUAACUUGGGAGACAGCUUUAUAAAGGUCUUGACCAUGCUUUUGGGAGAGUUCGAUUACGUUGAUCAUAUUGCCAGUACAGAAUCAGGUAUCAUAUUGCCAGUACAGAAUUAGGUAUCAUAUUGCCAGUACAGAAUCAGGAAUCAUAUUGCCAGUACAGAAUCAGGUAUCAUAUUACCAGUACAGAAUCAGGUAUCAUAUUGCCAGUACAGAAUUAGG